UGAAGGAGCUGACCAAUGGCGGGGCCGGCCGCGGCAGCCAAUCACCAGAUGCCAGGGAGCGGUGCGUCGCGUCGCGUGCGCGGUGACGUCAGCGCGCUGUUCCCGCGGCCUGUGGCGCGGACGCACCGAGCUGCUGCUGCUGCUGGACGCGAGGCGAUGAUGGCCGUUAGUCCGCUGUCCGUGGCGUUGCCGCCGCUGCUGCUGCUCCUCCUUCUCCUCUGCUGCGCCAUGCCGUCCGACGGGCAGAAGAAGAAAGAGACACUUCUAUCUGAAAAAGUAGGGCAGUUAGUGGAAUGGGCAAACAGACGAGCUGUAAUCCGGAUGAAUGGCGAUAAAUUCCGUCGAUUUGUGAAGGCUCCACCAAGGAAUUACUCUAUUGUGGUGAUGUUCACUGCUUUACAGCCACAGCGUCAGUGCUCUGUUUGCAAGCAAGUGGAUGAAGAAUAUCAGAUCCUGGCCAACUCCUGGCGUUACUCAAGCUCCUUUGUGAAUAAACUUUUCUUUGCUUUGGUGGACUUUGACGAAGGCUCUGAUGUAUUUCAUCAGCUCAAUAUGAAUUCUGCACCAACUUUCAUGCAUUUUCCAGCUAAGGGUAAACCAAAACGGGCAGACACUUAUGAGCUUCAAGUUCGAGGAUUUGCAGCUGAACAAAUUGCACGCUGGAUUGCUGAUCGGACAGAGAUAAAUAUCCGUGUGAUAAGGCCACCGAACUAUGCCGGUCCUUUGAUGUUGGGAUUUUUACUUGCUAUAAUUGGUGGACUCGUAUAUCUAAGGCGGAAUAACCUUGACUUCCUGUACAACAAAAAUGGCUGGGCUUUUGUUGCUUUGUGCUUUGUACUUGCAAUGACCUCUGGUCAGAUGUGGAAUCACAUCCGGGGUCCCCCCUAUGCACAUAAGAACCCUCAUAAUGGUCAAGUGAGUUACAUUCAUGGAAGCAGUCAAGCACAAUUUGUAGCUGAAACACACAUUGUUAUUCUGCUGAAUGCUGCCAUUACAUUAGGCAUGGUACUUCUUCAUGAAGCAGCCACAUCUGAUAUGGAUAUAGGCAAGCGAAGAAUUUUAUGUGUGGCUGGACUAGGACUGGUUGUGUUUUUCUUCAGUUUGAUGUUGUCCAUUUUCAGAGCUAAAUAUCAUGGAUAUCCAUACAGCUUUCUCAUAAGUUAAUCCAGGAAAAGCUGGAAGAACAGAACAACAUCGUACCAUGGUGUGAGAAGUGGAAAUUAAACCUCAAACUGAGAAGCUAGUUGUGUUCCACCUAAUGUAAUUCCAUUUUUGGUCUCUCAGAGGAAGACUUGAACCAAAGAGAGUCCAUGUUGGCCAACAAAAAAAAAACUUUCUAAACUGGUGUUUACUAAAGAAAUUAUUUUGGUUGUUAUUGGGGCAAAAUAGAAAAUUAUCAAAAAUUAGGCAGAAUCUUUUUAAAAACAAAAACAAUUUCUGUCGACUGAAGUGCCUUAAAUGGAGUUGUUCCUAGAUUCAGGUCUCAAAGGGCUGAUUUGCAUUUGGUUAAAUUUUUACUUGUGAAGUACAAUUUUGAAAAAUAACCUUUGGUAAGUUGACAUAAUAUUACAUUUUAUUAUGGAUAUAUUAUGUUAGCUACUUUGCAUACACUGUGAACUUGGCUAUUGCUAAAUUUACAACAGAGAUGACUUGAUAUCUAUAGUAUUUUAAUAACCAGGUCAGAGCUUCAAUAUCUAAAAUAAUUUUUGCAAUCCAUUUUGCUUAUUUGAUCAUCUAGAUAAAAUGUUAAGACGUUGAAUGUUGAUUCUAUGAAUAGUUUACAGUGCAAAAUAUUACUAUAACUGAAAUAAAAAUAAGAAACGAAAAUUCAAUGCUGGAAAUACUCAGCAAAUCAUCAGUCUAACAUGUUGCCUCUUUUUCGCUCUCUAUAAAUGCUGCCUAGUCUGAUUAAUUCCAACGUUUUCUGAUUUACCGGCAUCUGCAUUCUUAAUUGCUUUUCAUGAGAAUUACGUGUGGUGCUCCCUCGUGUCUGGAUUAAUAAACAAAGAUGUUAGAUCAUGCAGAAAACAGAGUAAAUUAUAAGCUUUGUUAGUUGUAAUUUACAUAAAUAUCAAAACAUUCAGUUCGAUUUAAUUUUCAUUCUAUAUUUCUGAAUUCAUUUGUCUUUUCUCUGUGAUGCAUCAUGGGAAUAAAAUUGUUAUACCAGUGCAAAUAAUACAAUUCUAUUUCAUAUGCAGUCUGAGACAGCUAGAAAAUAAAGCUUCCACAAAAUUAGAUCAGCAGGAAACUCCCAUAUGCAAAACAUUAUUGUAAUCUCCAGAUAAGGAAAUAUUUGCCACUUCACAUAUGACUAGAAAUAUGCAUCUUGAUGGAAUCUAGCAAAGCCACGAGGCUGCACAUUGGUAGAUUGUUUGCUCGUAGUUGCUAACUCUGGUGCUGCAUUUAGCAAACAAUAGAAGAGUACAACUGGCCAACUACGUUUUUUUUUAGUAAAACAAAAGUUACUUGUAAUGAAACUUUUCAAAAUGUAGUUGUAGUGUGCUUUGUGAUUCCAGUCCCCACAAUUUAUACUUUUCAAGAAAAAUCAGCAAAUUUAUACUGGUAUUUCCGAUCCAAGUUACGUUGCCACACGUGUAAAAAAUCAACCUGUAACCUUUAACUUCAAUUCCCAAUAAAAACUGUAAAACUUUG